AUGACAAAGUCGCGGGUUAUUUACUGGUUCCGGACCGACUUGCGUCUCCAUGAUUCCCCAGCUCUGAAAGCUGCCCUGGACCUUGACCCUGAGUGUCUCUAUCCUAUAUGGACAUGGGACCCACACUAUGUCUAUCGCGCCCGUGUUGGUCCCAAUCGCUGGCAGUACCUCAUCGACUGCCAAAACGACCUAUCUAAAUCCAUCACCCACUUGAACCCAAAAUCGAAGCUUUUCCUCAUCCGCGAAGCCCCGCAAACAUUGUUUCCCAAGCUAUUCAAAGCGUGGAAUAUCACCCAUUUGGUUUUUGAAAAGGAUACGGAUGCUUAUGCCAGAGAGCGCGAUGCCAAGGUCAUGGAGAUGGCGAAGCAAGCGGGCGUCGACGUCAUCACCAUGACUGGGAGGACGCUGUUUGAUCCGGAUGAAUUGGUCAAAAAUAACAAUGGGAAACCAACUAUGAGCAUGGCUCAGGUACAAGCAGCUGCCAAGAAGAUUGGACCAGUCCCUAGGCCCAUCCCUGCACCCAAAUCAUUACCCGACCCUGGAGAAGUGCAUUUGGAAUUUGACCAAGAGAAGCCACAAAGCCAGCCAGACAUCAACUCGAUACAAAGAGAUGGAAAUGAAGCUUCAUACACUGCGCUGGCCGGACCAAAUGGCGAUUUUGCUGUGCCUACGAUGGAAGAGCUGGGUCUGAAAGCAGCAACAACACCACACCGCGGCGGAGAGACAGUAGCCCUGCAAGCGCUUGAUAAAAUAAUCGCAGAUGAAGAAUACACAGCUACCUUUGAGAAACCCAAUACUGCACCAACUGCAUUCGAGCCGCAAUCUACCACCCUUCUGUCUCCGCACAUGCACUUUGGCUCCCUGAGCUGUCGUCUCUUCUAUUGGCGCUCUCAAGAUGUAGCCGACAAAUACAAAGGAAAAGCCUCACAGCCACCUACUAGUUUGACUGGCCAGCUCCUCUUUCGUGACAUGUACUUUGGCGCACAGGCAUCCCUAGGAUACUCGUUUGGCCAAACCUACAACAAUCCGCACUGCCGCUUUAUCCCCUGGCACCUUCCUUCCAAAGUCGAUACUUCGUCUGGCCUAAUCACCGGCGAAUACACAAUCGACAAUGCCGAUGCCGAGUCCCAUUUCCGGCGCUGGAAACAGGGCUGUACGGGAUUUCCAUGGAUUGACGCACUGAUGCGGCAGCUUGCGCAGGAAGGCUGGAUCCAUCACCUCGGCCGCCACGCCGUUGCAUGCUUUUUGACCAGAGGCGGCUGCUACAUUGACUGGGAGCGCGGCGCCGAAGUCUUUGAAGAAUGGCUCAUUGACCACGAAGCCGCGUGUAAUAUAGGAAACUGGCAAUGGCUUUCUUGCACCGCCUUUUUCGCUCAAUUCUACCGCUGCUACUCGCCUGUAGCCUUCCCCCAAAAAUGGGACAAGGAAGGUAACUUUAUCCGCCGAUACGUACCUGAACUCGCCAAAUUCGACAAAAAAUACAUUUACGAACCGCACAAGGCGCCGAUUGCUGAUCAAAAGAAGUGGGGAUGUCUAAUCAAGGGUGAUGGGACUGAAGGUGAUGCAGAUGGUAGCAUGAAAACAUAUCCCAAGCCCAUGUUUGAUUUCCCCACAAGAAGAGAUAUUUGUCUCCAAGGAAUGAAGAAUGCGUACCGCGUUAAUCUCUACGGUAACUCGCCUCAGGUCUUGGACGGAAGCUGGCGGAAAUUGUUUGAUGAUGAUGCCGAGGGGCCGACUGAGGGUACAAAGGGUCCACCCGGUGCAAUGAUCAAACGUGAAGACGACAAGGAAGAUGCCCAUGAGGAAAGUGGACAUGAGGAUGAAACGAAGAGUACUAAGCGAGCGAAGUCGACGGGCAAGAAGGUAGAUAAGAAGCCGGUGCACAAGCGAGAAGCAAGCCAAGCAACGCUGGAUGGAAUGGUGACUCGGAAGAAGAAGAAAGAUAGCGAGACCACGUCUUGA